UGCACCCCAAGGUCAGUUGCUGAUUUGAGUUUGGCCAGUACGUUGUCUUUGUGUCAGCUUUAUUUUGACAGAUAUUUCUCCAAUACAUAGUCAGCUACAUUUCUGUGUGUUGAGUUUAAAGUUUCAGCGCUUACAUUAGUCAUGUAUCUUGUUGAGUUCACGCGGGAUUGUUUGCAUAAUACUUUGCAUGUUGCAAAUAUCUUAUUUACCAGCGUGAACGUUGUAAGAAGCAAUGGACCCAAGACACUGCCCUGCACAACACUGGCUAGUGGUCGGAGUAUAAUUGCUGUAGAAUUAAUUCUAAUCCUUUUGGUAUCUGUUUGUGAGAAAAGAACUAAUCUAUUGCAAUAGAUGCCGUUAUCCUGUGUAUUCUAAACGGGUGUUUUCAUGAAUCCAAUCGAUACUAACCAUAUCCUCAACAACAAUAACAAUCUAGAACUAUUUUCACAAUGUACUAGAAAAUUUUGUGGUCAAAUAUCUAAUACAAGUUUAUGUACAUCAUGUUCAUGGGGAUCAAAAGUAUUUUAUAAAUACAAUAAUCCAUAUAAUCAUAUAUGUGAAUUAUGUUUAACAUCAUUCACAUUAUACAGUUGGUUAUAUAUUGGAUUUAUAAUGAUUUUACCUAUUAUAUUUUUAUUGCAAAUUUUACCAAUAUUAUCAAUAACAAAAAUUGAUUUGAAACAUUUAGAACAAUCGAUUACUACUACUACUAAUAGUAGUAUCAGUAGUAUUAAUACUACUACUGCUACUCAUCAAAUGAGUAUUACUCAAAAAUCAUGGUUAUUAUUUCUAUGUUGUAUUAUUAUUCAUUUAUUUACAAGUUUAAUCAUUAUAUUAUUAUAUCCUCCAUUAGGUAGUUUUACAUUAUAUCAUUGUCCUAUAGAUAAUAUUAAAGAAUUUUAUCCUAUUCUAUAUGCUGGAUCAGGAUGUAUAUCAGAAGUGAAUUAUCCAUUGACUUCAUUACCUAUUCUAUAUUAUAUCAUUAAUGUUAUCAUUAGUUUAUUGAUUUAUUCAUUAUUAAUUAUGAUUGUAUUUAAGGAUUAUCAUUGGUUUCAUUAUCUUUAUUAUAUAUUAUAUGCCUAUCCAAUAAUUUGUAUGAGUAUUAUUCUAUUUGGUGGGAUAUUAUAUUAUAUAUAUCCUUAUGUGAUAUUAUUCUAUAGUAUAUUUGAUUCAUUAUAUAGAUUUCCAUUAAUAUUUGAUUAUUGUAUAGAUGAUAUAGACGGUAUCCUACGUCCUAUAUGUAAUCCAUAUAAACUUAUUAAAACUAUUCUAUAUAAACCAGAACAAUAUCUACUUAUUAUAAUCAUGAAUUCAUUCUAUAUUGGAUAUGCUUUAUUAGCAUUAAAUAUAACCAUCUAUUAUUGGUAUAUAAGUUUAAUGAGUUUACCAUUUAUAUUUUAUAUGAUAACAUUACCAUUAACUCAUCCAUUUCAUUAUGAUGAUUGUCAACAAACAUUGAAUAGAAUGUGUCAUAUUUCAUUUUUGAAUAAUAAAGAAGAAGAAGAAACAAAGUGAAGUAGAUCAAUCAUAAGCAGAGACUGUCAUUUAUGGACGCGAUCUUUUGAAUGAUGUUAUAAAGUGAUGAUAUUGAAUAUGUUCACUUCAUGAAUUGAACCAAAAUGAACCAAUGUGUGAAGAAUUAGAAUUAUGAUUUGCAGUUGAUAGUUGUUAAGGGUGUUCAUCAUCACUAACUGAUGUUAGUUAUAAUGUCAAAACUUUAUUUAGCUAAAUGGAUGGAGUGAAUUUUGUGCCAAAAUCCGAGAUCUAUUAUCUUAGUUCGUCUCACCCAAGCUUUUUUAUGAUUAGAAAUACAAAUACUGGAAAUGUCGACUAAUAUAUAUAUGUAUAUCUUAGUCCAAAUGUGUACUUCUCUCAUCAUUUUACCAUUUAUUAUCCUGUAAUAGAUAAAUAUCCAAUUCAUAUCUAUAUCUAUAUAUAUAUAUAUAUAUGUGUUUGCCUAUAGUACACAAGGAUCAUUUUUAAAAUUAUCCAAUCUAUAUUAUACUUAUAACAUUUAAACUGGGUUAUCAUUAUUCUAUUUUAUCACUUGUUUAAAUGUUCUUAACAAUACAAGUUAGAAAAAAUGCUCUUUUUUUAUAAAAUCAUUAUAGAAGAAAACUACUCAGUCAGUCAGUCAGUAACAACGUAGAACUUCGUACGUACGUACAUCAGUUCGAGUUGCUACUAAUAUUACUGUAUAAUUAUUAGUUGUGAUGUAUGAAGAAGCUGGAAAACUAGGGGGGAUACUAGUCGACGAAGUCAUUAACAAUUGAGCAUAACCAAUUAUCAGUUGUUUUUUUUUUAUUAAAAAAACACACCUUUAUACUUUCUUGUUCGAUUUUGUCAGAUUACUGUUUGGUAGUCAUGUUAUUGAACCUAAUAAGUAUUCUAUGUUCCCUAAACUAGUUACCUGCGUAUUACAAUACCAUCUUUUAUCAAGUCUUGCUGUUGGUUUUCCGAAAUAUGGUAACAAUUACCGUGUUAUUGAGCUCACGAACCAACCUAAGUUAGGCAACUAUUAAUAACUAGAAAGCACCGAAAAUCUGUUUUGUCCUGGUGUGGGAGUCUAACAAUUAGCAUACAAGAACCCAGCUACCUGGAAUCUACCUCAGAAAUGUUGGUAUCUCGCAGAUCAAGCUUGACAUUUUGAUUAUGGGGUCGGCAUCUAUUGACUUACAUGUUUAAUUUCAAUCAAUAUGCGGUAUUGCGCAACCAUCUUCCAUUAUCUUCGAUAGUUAAAUGCCUUAAACCCGACACGAUUGGACUGUACUAGUCACAAUUCUGAGAAUUUCCUUUUGAAGUUAUUCACCAGUGAACAUAUGUUAAGUAAUAGAAUAGAGAUUUGUGGAGAUUGUUUAAUUUUAUUGAAUGGUUAAGUUUGAAAAUUGCCAGCGUUUUAGUGAGAAGCCGUGACCAGUUAGUAAUUUUAUAAUUAACUGUAAUGAUAAACGACCACAUAUAAUGUGUAACGUAUGUGCAUACAUCAAGUUCAUUAAUAAACAAAUCGUACAAAGUGAAUAUCUAAACUCGUUACCGAGAAAAUAAAAUUUGGAUCUCAUUGUUUUAAAGUUCGAAAUAGUUUUUGAAUAAGAAAUGAACAUCAUACAAGUGAUUCUAGGUAAGAUUACUUCUAUAAUUAGUCUUGUUGAAAUGCAAGUGCAAAUUAUUUGACUUAUCAAGCGAUAGUUAACAUAAAUAUACUAAAAAAAAGUAUUAGCAGUAAGUUUUAGAAAAUAUCAUUCGGAUUUAUGAAUGAAACAGUAUCCCUGUCCGAUUUUAUUUUUAGAUGAACUUGACAAUUGACUAUCGACAAGUACCAACCAAAAAUGUCUUAAACGGUGCUGUAGUCAUUCGGUUACCUGUUCAAGUUUCCUCUUUUCAUAAAUUAGACUAAAUGCAAAAAUGAAAUAACAAUAAACAACCAGUAUACGAACUGUCGCGACAUAAUCUAUUUAUCCUACUAGGGAUGAAUUUCAUGGUACACUACUAGUGUUGCGAGCAAUGUCACUGUUUACAGUAUUAGGCAUGGUAAAAACAAACAGCCAAAAAUUGCACCGAUAUUACGCAUAUAAUAUGCUAAGGAAUUAUUUAAUUAAUUAAAUAAGGAAUUAGAGGAAUUUGUCAAUCAAUUCACCUCUAAGCAUGUUUCCAUUCAGGACAACUGAUUAUGGAACAAACUACAUAUCGUGUUCUAGUAGAUACUAACAGUUAUGUGGCUGAAAUUCACAUAUCACAUAAGAGUCGGUUCAACAGUUUAAAAUUUUUUUUGAUACUCAUAGUGAUUGUGAUGCCUAUGUGGUUCUCACACUUGCUAUAGCCUUUCUUUGAUAUCUUCCUUUCCAGUCCGUCGGCACUUGUUCUUACUCCCAAAUCUUCCUGAAUAGAACAUGAAGCAUACUUGCAGUUACUUCUAUGUCUGACUUCAGCUGAUAUGUUGUCUGGUCUUGCUGUUUCCCGCUCUUGAUUUGUCUGAUGGCCAUGUUGACUACUUUGAUCGUUGGUGGAGUGACAUCUAUGGGAAAGUCUGUAGGUGCUGCUUCAAUAUCCGGUGGGUUCACUGGGGCUGGUCACUAAUAGGCGAAAGGAAUUGAGAAAUAAAAGAAUCAUGUACAAUCUGAAGGACAAAUGAUGGAAGACGUGCAAAUAAAGUAUUUAAUGUAUGGUUUUCAUAGUUUCCGAAGACUGUAAUUUCGAGCUAUA